GCAGCCAUGAAAACCAUUCCUCCCAAAAACCCUCACUUCUUCAAGCCAAUUCAUCAAGGCUUCAAGAAUGGCGUGAGCAUACCCACAGCUUUCUUGGCCAAGUACAUGAAAGGGCAGGGCCCAAAGUUUGCGAUACUGAGAAGGGGGGAUCGGAGUUGGCGGGUGAAGAUGAGCGGCGGCCGGAUUCUCGGCGACGGCUGGGAAAAGUUUGCGGCGGAGAAUGGUUUGAGUGUAGGUGACGUUGUGGUGUUCAGACAGGAAGGAGAUACGGUGUUUGAUGUGUCAGUUUUCGAACCCAGUCUAUGUGAAAGAGAUUGGCCACUUCCCCAUGGUGCACGAGAUACUACUUCAACCUCGCCCGCCGAUCAUCCUUACUUUAUUUCCACUAUAAAACCGUACUGCCUCAGAAAGUACUCCCAUCUGCAUCUUCCGUUGGGGUUUGCAAGGUCGAAUGGCCUAAUGGCAGAAGAAAAACACGAGAUGAUUUUAAGAGACGAUAAAGAAAGAUCGUGGCCAGUAGUUCUGGGAAGAAAAGACCAUCAUUUAAGUCUUCGACAAGGUUGGCAAGCAUUUCAGAUGGCUAAUGGUUUGAAAGAAGGAGAUGCAUACAAGUUUGAGCUGAUUAAGAUUGGGGAAAAGCCUAUUGCUAAACUCCAUUCACUGAACACUACUUCAUCUUCGUCUGCUGAGAAUCCUCAUUUCUAUGCCACUAUAAAACCGUACAGCCUCAGAAGGUCGUCCCGUCUGUAUCUUCCGCGGGAGUUUUCAAGGUCGAAUGGCCUAUUGGUAGAAGGAACACGCGAGAUGAUUUUAAGAGACGAUAAGGAGAGAUCGUGGCCAGUAGUUCUGGGGAAAGUGGGGAAACACGCUACUCUUAUGCGAGGUUGGCCAGCAUUUCAGAUGGCUAAAGGUCUGAAAGAAGGAGAUGCAUACAAGUUUGAGCUGAUUAAGAGUGGGAAAAAACCCAUCGCCAAAUUCCAUCGUAAGUGUCGUUUUUCUUCCAUUUUUUUAGCGGUUUUGAAGGCAAAAACUUGUGUUUUUCUUGAACAUAUGGCAAUGGGAGGUAAUGGUGAUUGCAGCAGGUCACUUUUCUGGAGAAGAAGAUUGAAAGAAGCUGUUGCAGGCAUGUUCUGA